UCACUCUAUUUUUCCUUUUCUUUACUUCUUUUUGGGUUUCCUCGAGUUUUCUUGCAUACCAUGUUUUCUUUUUCCUUUCUUCUCUUUGUCAAUGAUUCGAUUAUAUAUGUAGAUCUAGUUUCAGCCCCUUAGAUCUCUUUGUUACUGGUUCAAUAUUUGGCUUUGAAAUUAACAAAUCGGAUUAGUAUUCCAGCUCAUUGCACCUGCCAUCAAGAAUUUUUGUAUAACCAUUUCACUCUUUUGGCCUUUUUGCCUUGUAUAGAAUUUAUAUGUUAUUCGUGUUUGUAUACGCUGCUUUUCUAUAUUUUGUUUCUGGGUUAGCCAUUUGUAUGCAGAAAUUAUAGGUAACCCCUGUUCUAAAACAAAUCUCUCUGAUAUGCUUUGAGGAAAUCAAUUUGCAGUCUUCUGGGUACUUGUUUACUGAUCUGGGCAUCUCAUUAUAGAUAGAUGGAUUUCAGUGAGAAAAGAAGAGACUCCAGGAAGUCUGAUUCCUGUGGUUGGCAAGUUCACGCAGAGUCUGAGAAUUCUAAAUGGCUGGCGGAAACCACAAAUGAGAUGGAGCAGAGCGUUAAACGAAUGCUGAAACUGAUUGAAGAAAAUGAUGAAUCAUGGACAAAGAAUGAUCAGAUUCGUUGUCAGGAUAAGCCAAAGUUGAUUGCUGGGAUUGAAGAAUUCUACAAUAUUUACCAAUCACUAGCUGAGCGCUAUGAUGAUUUGAUUGGAGCAUUGCCUAAGAAUGUACAAUCAGAGUUCCAAGUGCAUUCUGGGCAUUUUGAAUCAGGCUCUGACCAUGGCUCUCCACUGACAACUCCUGAUGAAAAGCUGGGUUUGCACAAGUCUGGGCAGCUAUCUGUAUCUUUCAGUUCUGGUGGCGCUACAUCUGAUCUUUCUCUAAGGGAAGGAAAUGAAUCAUCAUCGUCGUCAUCAUCAUCGGAUUCUGAUUCAGAAUCUUUCAACUCAUCUAUAAACAACUACGUUAGCUCUGGUGCUAAUACUCAUAGCAAGGAAUUGAACUGGAAAAUUGUUGAGUCAGGCACUGAACUCUCAUGCAAGGAAGGAAGGCUGCAGCUGGCAGAUGAAAACAAUGGAGAUAGUAGUUUGAAAGUAGAGGAACAUGAGAAUUAUGAAGAAUUGAUUGCAAGGAUUAUCAAGUAUGAAGAAGAGUCGAGAAUUUCAAAUCUUAAACUCCAACUUUCUGAACAAGAGGUUUCAAGGUUAAAAAGUGAGCUUGAGAAAAAUGAAUCUUUUAUUGCACUUGCAAGUAAUGUGAAUGUUCAGCUCGAAGCUGCAAAGAAAGAGAUUGAGAUGAGGGACGAUGUCCUUGAAGUGGAGAAAGCAAGAGGAUUUGAGCUUCAAAAACUGGUAGCUGAGACAGAAGCUCAUGUGUCGCAGUUGAAUUCGGAGAUUGAGAUGUUAAACAAGGAGCUUGAAGUUAGCAGAGAUAAGCUGAAAGGAUCAGAUGAAGAGAUUUUGAGGUUAAAGGAAAUCAUCAAAUGCAAUCAAGAUGCACAAGGACAGCUUAAAUUGUCCGAGGAGAAUAUAGCCAUAUUGGAGGGUAAACUUGCUUCUGAGAGAGGGCUGAUUAUGGACCUUGAGGAAAUGAUUGUAAGAUUAAGAGCUGAUCUAUGUAGCCGUGACAAUGAGGUGAAGGAAUUAAAGAUUGCAUUAUGUGAUGCCCAGGAUAGUCUCACUUUUGAGAAAGCAAGGUUGCAGUCUGAUGUCAUUCGAUUGUCAGAAAAAGAGAUGCUCUUGGAGACAAGGCUCAAGGAAUGGGAAUUGCAUGGAAAAGCACUGGAGGAUAAGCUUAGGCAAUGUAAUGCUGAGAAAAUGGAGAUGAAAGCUUUUCAUGACAUGAAAGAGGUUGAGAGGCAAGGUGAGAUCAGCAGACUGAAGGUAGAUCUUGCCACAAGAGGUGAACAUGUGGAAGCUUUGAAUAAGAACCUGGACAGUCAUAAGUUCAACUACGACAUGCUUGUGGCAGAAAAAGAUGGGAUCACUGCUAAGCUAGAUAGUCUAAGAGCAGAAAUGAGAUCCCAAGAUAUUCAAAUUGGAGAGAUGAAUCGGGAAAAGGAGCAGCUUGUUUUUGAAUGUGAAAGGGCAAGGAAGGUAAUAGAUGAAUUGAGAGUGAAAGCAGAGGAGCUGGAGAAAGAAGCUGAGAGACAAAAAAUUGUGAUCCUAGAUGGGGCAGAGGAGAAAAGGGAGGCAAUUCGACAACUUUGUAUCUCUCUGGAUCAUUACCGAAGUGGGUAUAGAGAACUUUGUCAAGCAUUUCAGGGGCACAAGCAGCAUGCCAUGAUGGCUUCAUAAGUUUGUUUGUUUGAAAGCAAUUUUUUUCCUUAGUAAGUUUGAGGCCUUUUAUCUUUUCAUGGACUGUUGUCUGUAUUACCUGCUUCAUAUUCUUCAACAAUGGUGUGAAGUUUUUGGUAUUAA